GUGAACGCACGUUUUAUCGUCAAUGCAAUGCUAUCAUUUCACGUGUAUGUGCAUACAACAUGCGCAUCACAAAUGCAGUAGAAUCAGUAAAGUGACGUUUGAUGUAUGUAUGAGAAGCAUGCUUUCAUAUUGUUAAAACAAUAAUAUACGAUCAAAAUGACAUUUCUUUUGAUCGUUAAGAAUUUCUAAUUUACAUCUAAGUUUACGUAGUAAACUAAUUGCCGAUAUUUGACAAUAAUCUGAAUUAAUAAUGCAAUGACGGUCUCAAAUCCUCUCAUUAAAGAAUUGAAAGGGUGGACAAGAAAAUUAACUGAAAGUAACAUCGGGAUUGAUGAAGAAAAUGAAGAUCUGCUUUUCUUUUUCAAAAGUUUAGAAAAAUGUUUUCAAAAAGGUAUACUGAUGCGUUUAAAUCCUAUAAGUUUUCCAAAAUUACCUGAUGCUUGGUAUUGGAUGGAAGAAAUCGCAGAAAAACAUUUUAGUUCCUCUUGUACUUACUCUUUGGUAGUUGAACAAGUCAAACAAAAUUCAAAAGUAUAUACACCUACUGGACGUCUUAGGCUUUUAAUUAAAACAUGUUUGAUGCGAAAGUGCCUUCAUAUGCCAGUUGAAAUGCUAGUCAGAACACCAUUAAUGGCUACUGAUUAUUAUGAUAGAAACAGUAUUCUGGGAGAUAAUAUUCUUGGAGAGAUAUUUUUAUCAGUAUUAUUGCAAAGCAGUAAAUUAAAUUUUAAAUUAGAUUUACGAAAUUGUAGUUUUUUGGAUGAGACUUGGCAAUUACCAGAAUGUUUGGCCUUAGAAUUAGUACCAUGUAAAAAUUUAGGUAUUUCUGUAUGUUUUACCAAAGGAAGGGCUUUAAUUAUUAAUUUGGAUAAAAACUCUGUAGCUGCAGAGGAUGAUAAAGUUGAAAUUGGAGAUAUAUUAGAUGAAAUAAAUGGAAAUGCUAUAACAUCAAAUACCAAAGGACAGUUACGUAAAUUUAUGAGAAAAACUAUGGGUCUGCCUGUGUCUUUAUAUGUAAUCAAACAUCGCAAUAAAAAGACCUGCGAGUUAUAUGCACCAAUUGUUCAUCUUAUAAAAAGCUCAGGCAUUGAGGGGUUGAAAAAAAUCUUAAAAAGAUUCAAUUCCGAAAUGGAUGAUGAAAAAAUUGAAAUGAUCAAGCCAGAAAAUCAACUAAAUGCUGGAUUUUCUGUGAAAUAUUGUGGUUCAAUAUAUGUUGGUACAAAAGGCGAUGUUAAACAAAUAGAAAGGGCAAUUUUGCAAAUACUAAAAUCAGAAGAAAUGAAAUCAGUGCCUGUGAAAUUUGAAUGUUUAGAACUAGGAAUUAGAGUGACUCAGGACUUAGAUGAUACAGUAAUAUGUAAACAGAGUUACAUGGAAAUCUCAUCUUGUGGUCGUACUGGAAACAUUCCAAAUUAUUUUGCAUUUAUUGCAGGAGAUACUAAUUGCAAUGUAGCUACAAAAUUUGAUGCAUACAUCUUUUAUCACGAGAAUGAGAGCGAAGUACAAACGAUAUUGCAAAGUUUGGGUCAAGGAUUCCAACGCACUCAUUUCGCAGUUUAAUUUUCUAUAAAAUUAUUCCAUGACAAUGAAAA